AUGACUUCUAAGCCGGUUAUCCUCGUCACCGGCGCCAACCAGGGCCUUGGCCACGAAGCCCUCAAAACGCUAGCUAGAGCGAACAAAUACCACCUUGUCGCCGCCGCCCGCUCACACUCAAAGGCCGACGAGGCCGUCAAAGUCAUCGCAUCCGAGACAGGCUCGGACCCUAUAGAAUUCACCCCCAUAGUUAUCGAGUUAGACGACGACGAGUCCAUCUUCGCCGCUGCUACAAUCAUCAAGGACAAAAUUCGGCCAUCUCGACAUUCUAGUGAACAACGCCGGUAUUAA